GACCAAAGAGACAGGUUGAACUCAAGAAAUGACCGGUCAGCCUUCGAGGAAAGGGGGCUUCAUGCCAUUUACCUAUCCUGGCAUGAUGCCACCAAUUAUGAGCCAUAUGCCACCCUCGGUGUCGACCCCGUCGACAUAUGUCCCUAGGAUGGUCCCUAUACGCCUGGUGAAUUUGAUAGGGACCAUGGACAAAGCAGCCCCCUCAAAUGUCCAUGAAGUCGACGAGGCGGAGCAAGAGGUGGCCCGCAGAAGGAAGGGUAAAGCUAUAGCUAAGCCCAACAAAACCCGGGAUUCUGCUUUCAAACGCAUGUGGGACAAAGAAGAUGGACCCCGCAAGUCUGCCAAGCUACGUUUUGGUCCUGAGAUGGGCCGGACUAGCGCGAUAGAAAGACUUGGGGGGAGUUGUCUCGCCCAAUCACGUUGUUCUAGGGAAUCUGAGACGAUUCACCUAAACGAAGAAGAGGUUGAGACACAAAUGGUCGGGUGCACUGAUGCUGAGGAGUGCCUACUCUUCUUCACAUCCUUGAGAGGGAGGCCAGUGGAAUGGUUUAACAGCCUUUCUCAUGGUAAAAUCGGAUCCUUUGAAAAACUUGCUGAGAUUUUCUGCAAGAAGUACCAGAACAACUGCAUCAAAAGGAAGAAGUUCACCUACCUUAACACGGUAGGGCAGAGGGAGAAUGAGUACUUGACUCAGUUCUUAACCCGCUGGAGGGAUGAGGUCGAUAAGGUAGAAGAGAUGGAUGAUAAGACGACCAUGUCUUUAUUGAUGAACGCCUUUAGGUUGGGUGACCUCUACACUGAGUUUUGUAGGAGGCCACCCUCCUCUUAUCAAGAAGCCUACAAUACGGCAUGGGAGUAUGCCAAGGCAGAGGUCCUACACAAGAGCAAACGAGAACUGGAGGAAGGUUAUACAAGGGUGAAAACUGAUAAGCCAAAGAAGGACAACCAGAUGGGAGGGUCCAAGCCAAGAGCCAUAUAUGACGAGACGGUCCAUCAAAUCAGGGAUGAGAAGAAAAGAGAACAACCCAAGAGGCCUUGGACAGAGAAGUGGUAUACCUACCACCAAUCUGAUUCCCACAACACGGCGGAUUGCCGAAACGUCAAGGUUGUGCUCAAGGAGAUGGCCUUGAAGGGAGAGCUUGGAGAAGGUUAUGUGACGGGGCCUAAGAAGGACCCGAAAGCAAACACCUGGACCCGUCCUCAAGAAAAAGAUCAAGGAAGGAGAAAAGACAGGGAUAAUAACAAGCCAGCGAAGGAGUUCAUCGAGAUGAUCGUUGGCGGGGACACUUCCUCCCAACGGAAGAAUUGGGCCAGAAGUCUACAUGUGGCGGUUGUAUCCUUGGAAACGCAAGGGAAGCAAACAAGGAGAGAACCUAUCACUUUCAGUGAUAGAGAUUUGCCCAGGACGGGGGGAGACCAUAAUGACCCUUUGGUCAUUUCAAUGGACAUCAAUGGAGCUGAUGUGGCAAGGGUCCUGGUCGAUACUAGCAGUGUCAAUGUUUUAUACUUGGACGCUUUUAAGAAAUUGAAGCUUGACAGGUCCAUGUUAAAACCACUACAAACUCCAUUAUCUGGCUUCACUGGAGCUAGCAUAGAGGCAGAAGGUCAGAUCACCCUACCAGUUACCUUGGGGUCGGGUGACAAAACAGUGACCAAACAAAUGAGAUUUGUUGUGGUCAAUAUCAAGUGUGUGCAUAAUGCCAUUCUGGGUAGGCCUGGGAUCAACCAGGUCAGGGCCAUUAUUUUUAUGGCACACUUAUGUAUGAAAUUUUACACUCCCAAUGGAAUCGGGGAGGAAAGGGGUGAUGAAAAGAAUGCCCGGUCUUGCUACCUGGAAGUGGUCAGGAAGAUGACUCGCCAGUUCGAACAAAUUGAAGUAGUCUCCCAGCAGGUAGACAAGGGUGAGGAGAAGGCUAGGAUCGAGCCUGAUGCAAACACGGAGGAGAUCCAGAUUGACACUUCCAACCCUGAACAGAAGGUCACAAUUGGGGCUGAUCUUCAAGAAGAGUUAAGGAUUGUCCAGCUGUUGACCAGGUAUAAAUCUUUAUUUGCCUGGAGUGUUGCUGAUAUGCCCGGGAUUGACCAGUCAGUCAUUUGCCAUCGUCUCUCUGAUCUUGAGGGGUCUAGGCCUGUAAGACAGAAGAAGAGAUUCUUGGCAAGUGAACAUCAAGUGCCUACGCCAAUGGACAAGCUCACAAUCGAUGACAAGAAAAAGCUCUCUUUUAAUGCCAAAGCAUUAAACGUAUUGUUUUGUGCAUUGGGUCAAGAUGAGUUUGCUAGGGUGAGCUCUUGCAAAUCCGUAAAGGAAGCAUGGAAGCUCCUAGAAGCCACCCAUGAAGGAGAUAAAGACACCAAAGCUAUCAAGAUAGCUUUAGGAACAUCCGAGUAUGAAAACUUCAAGAUGAAGGCCGGAGAGUCCGUUCAAGAUAUGAACAAAAGAUUCAACCUCAUCAUCAACAAUUUGAGUAAGCUAAAUAAAGUUUAUCCUACUAGUGAGAUUAACACCAAGAAUAUAUUCUCUCUUCCUAGAGAGUGGCAUAUUCUUGUUGUAAACUUGUUGCCCAAAUGUGCGGAUGUUGAAACCUCCACCAUUUGGAGCAGCCUAUACUCUCACGAGCUUCUUUUGAAGAAAAUGAAGGAAGAAGAACAUGUUCCUAUCAUCAAGAAGACCAUGGCACUCAAAAUUGAUGACCAUCCGGAAAGCGAAGGAGAAAGUGAUGAGGAGCUUGCCAUGUUCAAGGGAUACAAGAAGUUUAUGAAAUGGAACAAGGGCGAAUCCUCAAAAAGAUUUCCAUCAAAGAAAGGAGUGACCGAGGGACAAUCAACCACGAGACCACCUUUGUUCGAUGGAACAAACUACUCGUAUUGGAAGGAGAGGAUGAGAAUCUUCAUCCAAUCCAACGACUACAAGCUGUGGUUGAUUGUGAAGAACGGCUGCGGAGUCUCGAUGAAGAAAGUCGGUGAAGUCAACAUCCCCAAAACUGAAGAGGAGUUCACCGAUGAAGAUUGCAAAAAGAUGGAGCUCAACGCAAAGGCAAUAAACAUGAUUUAUUGCGGUGUUAAUGCGGAUGACUACCGAAAAAUCUCGGGGUGUGAAACCGAAAAACAAAUGUGGGAGAAAUUGGAGGUCACCUACGAAGGAACCGCGCAGGUGGACGCAAUUGAAGAAGGACGUGACUUCCAAACAACGACCUAUGAUGCUCUUCGAGGUAACCUCAUUACCUACGAAACCACGCAACUCUCAAAGGUGGUUGAAGAGAAGAGCAAGAGGUCUAUUGCUCUACCCGCAACAACAUCAUCCCACAACAACGUUGAUGAUCAAGAUGAUGACAACGACGACACCGACCUCGGACUCUUCGUCCGAAAAUUCAAGAAGAUGAUGCUCAAGAGGGGAGCCAAGAAGAACACUCCACCCAAGUGCUAUGGGUGUGGUGAAAUUGGACACAUCAAACCAAUGUGUCCAAAGCUCAAGAACGAGAAGGACAAGAGGGCACCGAAGAAGCAACGUGCCUACAUUUCUUGGGAGAACGACAGCUCCGGGAGUGAAGACUCGGAAACGGAGGAAGUGGCCAACCUAUGUCUCAUGGCCAUUGAGGAUGGUGAAACAUCAAAAGAGAAGAACUUGUAGGAAUGUUCAAAAAGGCUUCCAAAGAAAAUAAUGAAGUUAAACAAAAAAUCCUGAUUUUUGAAAAAGAUGUAAAAGAACUCAAAAAUAUAUAUGAUAAACUUAAACAAGAAAUUAUCUCUCUUGGAAAAAGGCCACAAGAACCUUCAUCUACCUCUUCUACAUGCUCUAAUUGUACAUCACUAAAAGCUAAGGUUGCUAGCUUAGAGAGCAAAUUGGGAAAGUUUAAUAAUGCUUCAAACACCUU